GCUUUCCAAAACCAUUUUAUGGAGGUGGAUCGAAGAAAAAAAAUGAAAAUGGGGAGUUCAAAUAUGAGAACUGGGUUAGUCAUGCUGCUAUUGUGCUGCCUGACGGGUGGUGUGAGUGUGAGCGCCCAGAGCGCAAACAACGUGUAUGCAUCGUACCACUACUACAACCCCCAGCAGAACGGCUGGGACCUGAACGCAGUUAGCGCCUACUGUUCCACAUGGGAUGCCAACAAGCCCUUCUCAUGGCGAAGCAAAUAUGGGUGGACUGCCUUCUGCGGCCCCGUCGGUCCCAGAGGCCAGGCCGCCUGUGGCAAGUGCUUGCUGGUCACAAACGUGAGAACAGGCGCUCGGGUAACAGUGAGGAUCGUGGAUCAGUGUGGCAAUGGUGGUUUGGACUUGGACUGGGGUGUGUUCCAGCAAAUUGACACCGAUGGCAGCGGCUACAACGCCGGCCACCUCACUGUGAAUUACCAGUUCGUCAACUGCGGCGAUGGUUAUUAUGCUACUGAUGAAUGAGGCCACACUCUUCCAUGUAAUAAAAUUGCAUCUAUAUAUUUAUAUGUAUGUAUGUAUUUGAUCCUUACUGCAAAUCUGCAAAUCUGUAUGAUUUGAACCCCUCCCCCUUACUGAAAUAAAAGAGUGGAUCAAUCUGAUGUGUGCAUACA